AAGGGAAGAUGCAGACGUUUCUGAAAGGGAAAAGGGUUGGCUAUUGGCUGAGCGAGAAGAAAAUCAAGAAGCUGAAUUUCCAGGCGUUUGCAGAGCUUUGCAGGAAAAGAGGGAUAGAAGUCAUACAGCUUGACCUUACCAAACCGAUAGAAGAUCAGGGUCCAUUAGAUGUGAUCAUACACAAACUGACGGACGUCAUCAUUGAAGCUGACCAAAAUGACAGCCAAUCUCUGGAGCUGGUUCACAGGUUUCAGGAGUAUAUUGAUGCUCACCCUGAAACCAUAAUUUUGGACCCCCUUCCUGCUAUCAGGACCCUGCUGGACAGAUCAAAGUCUUAUGAGCUUAUUAGGCAAAUAGAGACCUACAUGCAAGAUGAAAGGAUCUGUUCUCCACCAUUUAUGGAGUUGACAAGUGCUUGUGGAGGUGACACGUUGCAGCAAAUAGAGAAGAAUGGAAUUGCAUUCCCAUUCAUCUGUAAGACAAGAGUGGCCCAUGGAACCAACUCACAUGAGAUGGCCAUCAUAUUCAACCAGGAAGGCCUGAAAGCUAUCCAGCCUCCGUGUGUGAUCCAAAGCUUCAUCAACCACAACGCCGUCCUAUACAAAGUCUUUGUGGUUGGAGAGUCAUACACUGUGGUGAAGAGACCGUCUGUGAAGAACUUCUCAGCAGGCAUUUCAGAUAGAGAAUCGAUAUUUUUCAACAGCCACAACGUAUCAAAGCCAGAAUCCUCUUCAGUCCUAACAGCACUAGAUAAAAUAGAAGGUGUGUUUGAGAGGCCAAAUGAUGAUGUCAUUCGGGGAAUCUCGAAGACACUGAGGCAAGCCCUGGGUGUUUCUCUCUUUGGGAUUGACAUCAUCAUUAACAACCAGACUGGUCAGCAUGCUGUCAUCGAUAUAAAUGCAUUCCCAGGUUAUGAGGGUGUCUCGGAGUUCUUCACAGACCUCCUGAAUCACAUAGCUACCGUCCUGCAGGGGCAAUCUCCAGAGGUGUCACAGCUAAGUCGCAGCAAGCACCUGAUGGAGCAGAGCAACAGCCUAGCGGGAGAGCGGACAUGCUGUGCUAGCACGGGCUGCCGGAGCAUGGCGGGCAAAGACUCCUGGAUUGUGGAGAGCGAGACCAACAGCUCCGUGAAGCUUCAGCACCAGAGACUAAGCUGCAACUCUGCAGUGUCUCCUAGCUUCCAGCAACACUGCGUUGCUACAAUGGCAACGAAAGCUUCCUCUCAAUAACCCAAUCAGUGCCAUGGACUAAGAAAAAACUCUAUAGGCCCCAGGAUUAGAGCAGGAUGGUUGGUAAUGCAACUACGAAAUGAAACAAAUCUCUCUCGGUUUGGCGUGAUUUUGAAAAUGAAAAGCAAAAUUAGUGAUCUGGGUCCACUUCAUCAGAUUCCUAUUGUAGAUUUGUAGUGAGUUUACACAUAUGUGUGUGUGUGUGUGUGUGUGUGUGUGUGUGUCUUAAACACUAGAUCUUAAUGUUGGAGGGUGGGGUCUCUGUCCCCCCACUCCUUUCCUCUUUGUGAUUAUUAAUGACCAGAAUUUCAAGGUUGAACUUCACAGAAUUGAUAAGGAUUGUAUUUGAAAAUUUGCACAUGCCAGUUCUUCUUCGUGACUCCUUCCCAGACCAGUUCAAAGAGUUAAGCACGAAUGUCCAUGGGUGCUCUUAAAUGAUUCAGGACUAGGGCACAACCUGCAUGCCCAGAAUUAGUUUUGGUUUGGUGGACGCUAAUGUUAGGGCCAGUUGCAAAAUGUUCCCCCUUCUCUCAUAAGAAAAUUAUGUACUUUUGGCAAAUGUGAACAGUCUGUAUUCCCGGUACAUUUCUUACUGGCGUAGGUUGAUGCAACAUUGCCAUUUGUUCCUUUGGCGUAUAUGACUGUUGCUGUAUUUGGCACAGGAGUAAUCUGGGACAAUCCUUUUCAACCAGGCCUUUUAAAAUCUUCCUGCUGCUUUGCUGAUCCUAAGACUGCAAAGGGUCAACUAGUUUUGUGACCACUACUCCCCAUGAUUCAUUUUGCUCAACAGGCAGAACUUUGUACAAAAAAAAAA